GGGCCCUAUAGAAUAUAGUAGCCAACAUAUAAUUGAUUAUAUAAACUAUUCUCCUCCUUUGUCUAUAUAUAUAUAACUCUCUUUGCUCUCAUUUUAGCUAUCAUAGAGACCUUGAAAAAACAACUUAAAUAUAUUGACACAUACCUUCUUCCUCUAGUUAUUUUUACUUCAUCACAUCACUUAGUCAUGGGUGAUAAUGUUGUAGUGUCCAAUAUGAAGCUAGAACGCUUGCUUAGCAUGAAAGGUGGUAAAGGAGAGGCUAGCUAUGCCAACAAUUCUCAAGGACAGGCCAUACAUGCAAAGUCAAUGCUUCACCUUCUAAAAGAAGCACUAGAUGGAGUUGUCCUUCAUGACCCUAACAUACCAUUUGUAGUUGUGGAUUUGGGUUGUUCAUGUGGAAUCAACACUAUCAAUGUUAUGGAUGUGAUCAUAAAACACAUCACUAAACGUUAUGAAGCAUUAGGAUUCAAUCCACCUGAAUUCUCUGCUUUUUUCUCUGAUCUUCCAAGUAAUGACUUUAAUACCCUUUUUCAACUCCUUCCUCCAUUAGCCAACUCUGGUGUUAGUAUGGAAGAGUGUCUUGCUGCUAACAAUCACCGCUCGUACUUUGCUGCUGGUGUCCCCGGCUCUUUUUACCGGAGACUUUUUCCGGCUAGGUCGGUUGAUGUUUUUCAUUCUGCAUUUUCUCUGCAUUGGUUAUCUCAGGUACCAGAUUCUGUUCAAGACAAAAGGUCAAAUGCAUACAACAAAGGAAGAGUCUUCAUCCAUGGUGCUAGUGACAUAACAGCAAAUGCUUACAAGAAACAAUUCCAAACAGAUUUGGCAGGUUUUCUUAGCUCAAGAUCAAUAGAGAUGAAAAAUAAGGGGUCCAUGUUCUUGGUUUGUUUAGGCAGGACUUCAGUGGACCCAACAGACCAAGGUGGGGCUGGUCUCCUCUUUGGGACCCAUUUUCAGGAUGCUUGGGAUGAUCUUGUCCAGGAGGGGUUAAUUAGCAAUGAGAAGAGAGACAGUUUCAACAUUCCAAUUUAUGCACCAAGCCUACAAGACUUCAAGGAAGUGGUUGAAGCUAAUGGUUCAUUUUCCAUUAACAAACUUGAAGUUUUCAAAGGAGGAAGCCCGCUAGUGGUGAAUCAACCAGAUGAUGCAAGUGAAGUUGGAAGAGCUCUAGCCAACAGUUGUAGGAGUGUUUCUGGUGUUCUUGUUGAUGCUCAUAUUGGUGAUAAGCUUAGUGAGGAACUUUUCCUUAGAGUGGAGAAAAGAGCCACAAACCAUGGCAAAGAGUUAUUAGAGAAGCUUCAGUUCUUUCACAUUGUUGCAUCCCUUUCUUUUGAUCAGUGAAGGAGACAUAGAAAAGAGGGUUUGGAUUGUGUGACGUGUGACUGCACGUAGUUUGCCACAUCUAAGUCAUCUAAUCAAGAUGAGACGGUCUAAAUUUCAAUACAUUUCUUUUAAAAAUAUUUAAAAUAUUGAAAUUGAAAUUUAGAGUACCCUAUUUUGGUUGGACUAUUCAGUUGUGGUUCACCGUGUAAUCUCGUGAUUGCACACAACCCAAAUCAUGAGAAAAGAGCCUUUGAAUAUUACAAGACAACAAAGAAAAGGUCUUCUUUAGACUUUAGUUUUUUUUUUUCUUUCUUUAUUUUGUGUCUUAUUGUUGAUCUUAAUUAGUAGUUUCUAAACAUUAGUGUAUGUCUAGAUUUUGUGAAAGUUUUAUGGAUGGAAUGGAAUGAUGUGCCUUCUCUUAUGGUUAACAAGCUUGAGUGUUGAAGAUAUAUCCAUUUUAUGAUUAACAUGCAAUGUGUUUGUGUAUUGUAGCAAAACUAUUUAAUAGCCAAAUAUUUUAGUUAUGUGCACUUAGAAUUAAAAUGUGCAUACAUGGAUCUUGAAAUGUUACCUUCUCUUAUAUAUAAGAUAGUUG